AGGAGUAGAUGACAGUUUCAAAGGUUGUGCACUGUAAAACUUCUUGCAUGUGAUAUUUUUACUGACAAAUCUUAAAGAAAAUUCUUUUUUUUUCGUGGUUGUAAAUUUCGUCAAUUGUAAAAAUGGCUAAUCAAUGGGGACAAAAGGCGGACGAGUUGGAGAUUUCCAAUAAAGUUGCUGGAAUAGGUUUAGCAAAAAAACCAUCCAAUCAAAAACUGGAUAACACUGAUGAUUCCCCGGAUACUGCUAAUCCUGCUGAAACGUCUCUAUUAAUGAAAAUCAUUCGACAAGGUUUAGUUGAAUCCAAAUUAGAUAUUGAGGUCCAAAGAAAAGAUCCCAAUUCUCCUCUUUACUCUGUUAAAACUUUUGAAGCUCUACAUUUAAAACCAAAUUUAUUAAAAGGUGUUUAUGCUAUGGGGUUUAAUGCCCCAUCAAAAAUUCAAGAAACUGCUUUACCAACACUACUAGCAGAUCCUCCACAAAAUAUGAUUGCACAAUCACAGUCGGGGACUGGUAAAACUGCUGCUUUUGUUUUAGCAAUGUUGAGUAGAGUUGAUUCAACUAAGAAUUAUCCACAAGUAUUGUGUCUCAGCCCCACUUAUGAACUUGCAAUUCAAACUGGAGAAGUUGCAGCUAAAAUGGCUAAAUUUUGUCCAGAAAUAAAAUUAAAAUAUGCUGUUAGAGGCGAAGAAGUGCCAAAGAACACUAAAAUUACUGACCAUAUUCUUAUUGGAACCCCAGGUAAGAUGUUAGACUGGGGAGUAAAGUUUGGUAUCUUUGAUUUGAACAAGAUUAAAGUGUUUGUAUUGGAUGAAGCAGACGUUAUGAUUGACCGUCAAGGGCAUCAAGACCAAUGUAUUCGUAUCCAUAAAUGCCUUCCUCCAACUUGUCAAAUGAUGUUCUUUUCUGCUACAUAUGGUAGUGCUGUUAUGGAGUUCGCUGAAAUUAUAGUACCCAAUCCAAUAAUAAUCAGAUUACUGAGAGAGGAGGAAUCCUUAGACAACAUAAAACAAUAUUAUGUCAAAUGUAAAAGUCCAGAAGAAAAAUAUAGAGCUAUCUGUAACAUUUACGGUGUGAUAACGAUAGGACAAGCCAUUAUUUUCUGUCAUACAAGGAAGACAGCUAGUUGGCUUUCAGAAAAAAUGUCACUUGAUGGGCAUUCAGUCGCUGUCCUAUCCGGUGAGCUUACAGUUGAACAAAGAAUUGCAGUACUUGACCGUUUCCGAGGAGGCCUUGAAAAAGUUUUAAUAACUACCAAUGUCCUUUCACGUGGCAUAGACGUUGAACAAGUUACUCUCGUAGUCAACUUUGAUAUGCCAAUGGACAUGAACAAAAAAGCAGACUGUGAAACAUACUUACACAGGAUUGGCCGCACUGGAAGAUUUGGCAAAGCUGGGAUAGCUAUAAAUCUCAUUGAUUCACCCCAAGCUAUGGACAUAUGUCUUGAUAUAGAAGCACACUUUGGUAAGAAGAUUCAACUUCUAGAUAUUGAAGAUGCAGAAGAAAUUGAAAAGAUUGGUGCCUAAAAAUCAUUAAUAUUAAUAAUUAUUUGGCUUAAAUCUUCUUAUUUGCAUAGCUGCUUACUGUUGCAUAUAAAAAAAAAGUAAUAAUCCAUAACAUUUAUAAUAAAACACAUUUGUUAUA